GCCACUGCUCAGCCGGCGGUGGAGGGAGAGGGAGGGUGCCGGCGCCGGGAGGAGAGGAGAAGGAGAAGGAGGAGGAGGGGAGGGAGUGGUCAGACGGGGAGACGCUGCGAGGCUGACUACGAGCACGACUACCAGCAGCAGCAGCAGCAGGAGGCACAACAGCAGCAGAAGGAAGCGGUGGCUGAAACGACACUGAAGAGCCACAGGCCUUCACAGGCCAACGAAAAAGAUGGACCACCCGUACCUGAACGUCAGUGACGCCGAGUUCACACGGCGACUUCACCACGUGACGUACGGCGUGGUGGCACCUCUGCUCGUCACAUCGGGGAUCGUCGGCAACCUGGUGUUCCUGCCGUGUCUGGUGGCGCCGCAGCGCUGGGGCGUCACGCGCCUCUUCCUGGUGGUGCUCUCCUCGGUCGACAUGAGCAUCAUGGCCGGCCUGAUUCCGACGCUGGUGCGUCUGGCGGCGCCGACAGAGACCAUCGACACAGAGCCGCUGGCCACGUACGCGGCGCACGUCGAGCAGUGGCUGCUCACCACCACCAUGUGCGCCUCGGUGGGCGUGGUGCUGGUCCUCACCGUGGACCGCUACACCUCCGUCUGCCGCUACGUCGAGUUCCAGCGCACCCAGCGCCGGGAGCAGGCACGGCGGCGCCUGGUGGCCGUGGGAGUGGUGUCCGUGGUCGUCAGUCUGCCGUGCCUCUUCAACAGCUCCACCAAGGAGGUGGCCGGCGGCUGGGCGGUCGACCACCACCGCACCGGCGGCUGGAAGGGCUACAUCAUCUUCAGCGAGGUGGUGACGCGCCUGGCGCCCAUGUUGGCCGGCCUGCUGCUCAACUGGCGGAUCGCGCUCGGCUUCCGGGAGAUGGUGGCUCGCGCGGAGGGUCGCCGGCCGCCGGGGCCCGGCCAGCAGCGCGGCGUCAGCGUGGCCAGCAUGCCCAGCAUGGCUGCCAUGGAGGAGCGCGCCGUCUCGGAGGAGCGCCAGCUCAUCUGGCUGGUAGUGGCCAUCAUGGUGGGCCUGGUGCUGGGCAUGACGCCGGCGGCCGUCACCAGCUGCUGCCUGCUGUACGCCGACCGGCCCAGCAGGGCUCUGGACGUGGCCACCGCCCUGGCCAACCUGCUCGAGAUCGCCAACUUCAGCGCCAACUACCUCUUCUACCUGAUCUUCAACAAACGGCUCAGAAAGUCGCUCAUCGAUUUCUACCGCAAUUUGUUCGCAGCGCCCGAGAAACCUGUGACCAUUGUGAACGGAUGAGGGUAGAUGCCAAACGACUUGAUGAUUCCUGUGUCAGCAAUCGAAGGAAAACGUAAUUGUGUGAGUAACACACUCACGCGUGACUUAUGGGUCACGUGCUCAUAUUGCUACUCCUAAGAAGAUGUAAGUAGUGGAAACAGGAGCAAGGGGGAUGUGGAACUCUCUCCUCUGGAACAAAAACUUGUUUUGACCAGAGAGCCGAAGAGAAUAGAAACACAGUGAUAUGCAAGUAAUGCCGUAUAUUUGCAAUGUGUCAGAAUGAAUGCAUCGAGCGAGAAUGGAGCACGCGAGCCAAAUAUGAUGUGUCAGAGUGAGACCCGUCC